AUGGAAAAUCAAGCUCCAGUUAUAAGAGUUUGUGGUUGGAUAACAGUAAUUUCUUGUGCAAUUUUUAUUGUCAUUGAAUUAAUGAAUCUUGUUAUUCUUUGCCGUAAAAAAAAAUUAUUAAAAUCAAAUGUUGUAUAUUUAAUUAUUACUGUCUUAGGAUUCUUAGAUUUUGGUCAACAAGUAAUUCAUUUAUUUUCUGGAAUAUGGUGUGUAACUUAUUGGGUACCACCAUUUAGACUAAAUAUGUUUCUUGGAUCAUUUGUAGAUUUUUUAUACAAUUUAUCUAUAAUCAAUGGUUUAAUAUUAUCUAUAAAUAGAUUUUUUAUAUUUUUUAAAUUUUCUAAUACCAUGAAAAAAAUUAUUCAGGGUAUUUUUGGUGUUUUUAUAAUUGGUUUUUGUAUACUUAUAAUAUUAUUUUUUAUUCUUCAUCAAUUUUAUUAUUUACGAGUGUAUUAUGAAAUUGAUUUAGCUACAUGGAAUUUUGUAUCAACAGAAGAAAAUAAUUAUGCUCAUAAUUAUUUUGAAAAUCGUUUAAUGACAUCUAUAAAUUUAGCUAGUCUUUUUAUUUUUUCACUUGCUAUGCUAAAAUUAUUUCUACAAAAAUGUUUUAAUCCAUCAUUUUCAAGAAAUGUUCAAAAAUAUGAAUAUUAUAUUUUUAUUAAAGCUGGAUUAAAUUUUUUUUGUAUAUUUGCUACACAAUUUUUAUGGGAAUUUGGUCCAUAUUUUUGGCCAGAAUAUAAAUAUCUUUAUACUAUUCUUAAUACUUUAUGGGUAUUAACAACUGGUAGAGAUUGUUGUAUGAAUAUAAUUUUUCUUAGUGAAGUCCGUAAUGAUAUAAUUAAAUUUUUUACAAGAGGAAAAAUAACUUCAAAGAUACUUUUUCAUCACAAAUAUAACAAUAUCAAUAUAUCUUUUAUUUCAAACAUAAAAAAAAGCAAAAGAGAAAAAGUGUCUUUUUUAAAUAGGUGUUUUUGUUUAGCAAUUAUUAGUGUAAUUUUUAUAAUUAUAUUGCUUAAAUUAACAACUAUAAUUUAUUCCAUAUCUAAAAAAAAUUCUAAUAAUGUAAAAAAUGAUACAGAACCAAAUGACAUUUUUAAUGAAAAACCUAGGUCUUCGUAUAAUGAUGAUUCUCAAUCACCAAUUUGUUCUGUUUAUUUUGAAGAUCAUCUUUCAAUGAUUGGUGAUGAUGAUAUUCCUAAGAAACGAAAUAAAAGAAGUCAUAGUCUUUGGGCUUUUGAUACAGUAAUAGAAGGAAUCCGUGUUACUGAAACAUCCAAUGAUAGUCAACAUAUGGAAUAUAUAAAAAAAAUACAAAAUCAAUUGAAUAUGUACAACAAAGAUUUUGAGAAAGCGCUAGAAAGAGAUUCAGAAAAUCGUAAACGUUUACGUAGUUAUAAUUUUUAUAAUCAAUAUCUUCUUCCAUUAGAUACUCCAAUGAGAUGUCAUUCUGAUUCAGAAAUUUUUGAAGUUAGCCGUCUUGAACAAAGUUUUUAA